AUGGAUCUAUCGAGCGUUUCAAAGCUCGUCUUGUUGCCAAGGGCUAUACACAAGUGCUUAGUCUCAACUACAAUGAUAUCUUUAGUCCUGUUAUUAAUGCUUCCACUGUUUCUAAAUGGCACUCUUAUUGAGCAUGUCUAUAUAGAGCAGCCUCCAGGAUAUAUUGAUCUUCGCUUUCCUAAUCAUGUCUGUCAAUUGAAGAAAGCUCUCUAUGGUCUAAAGCAAGCACCUCGUGCUUGCACUCUGAUAAUCAUAUAUUUGCUCCUAUAUGUUGAUGAUAUUAUUAUCACUGGCUACAACUCAUCUCUCAUCGACAAAUUCCCUUGCAAACUCAAUUUUGAGUUUGCCACUAAGGAUUUGGGUCAUCUUAGCUACUUCCUUGGUCUUGAAGCUUCGACAAUUAAAGAUGGCCUUUUUAUUAGUCAGCUAAAAUAUGCACGGGAUAUUCUUACUCGAGCUCAGUUGCUUGACAAUAAACUAGUGCAUAUUCCUAUGGUUGUUUCUCAGCACUUGCCUGCAGAAGGUCAUCUGUUCUCCAAUCCUACUCUUUACAGAUCUCUAGUUAGCGCCCUACAAUACUUGACUAGCACACGUCCAGAUAUUGCUCAUACUAUCAAUUCUGUCAGUCAAUUUCUAUACGCUACAACAAUCGACCACUUUCUUUCAGUUAAGCGUAUCCUUCGCUAUAUCAAGGGCACCCUUCAUUUUGGCCUCACUUUUCACACAUCUACUACUCCUGGUGCUCUCAUUGCUUACUCUGAUACUAAUUGGCAACCCACAGUCUCUCGUUCUAACUGUGAAUCUAAAUAUCGUGCCCUUGCUCAUGCUGCUUUUAAGCUUCUUUGGAUUACACAACUUCUUCAAGACUUACAGAUGUCACUUCCAUAG